CGCCUGUUCGCGGGCCUCACUCCGCACGUGGCGCUCGGCCGAGGAGGUUGUGACUUCUUCCUCCUGUGCCCCCGCCGGCUUCUGCAGCCAACAUGAAGAGACCCAAGUUAAAGAAGGCGAGUAAACGCAUGACCUGUCAUAAGCGGUAUAAAAUCCAGAAAAAGAUUCGAGAACAUCAUCGCAAAUUGAGAAAAGAGGCGAAAAAACAAGGUCGCAAGAAGCCGAAGAGAAAAGACCCUGGAGUUCCAAACAGUGCUCCCUUUAAGGAGGCUCUUCUCCGGGAAGCUGAACUAAGGAAACAGCGGCUGGAAGAACUGAAACAGCAGCAGAAACUUGACAGGCAGAAGGAGCACGAGAAGAGAAGAAAGCUGGAAAGUGACAUCAGUGCUCAGCCAGCGGACGGAGAAGCUGGGAAGGCACCUACGCAGUGCAAAUCUAAGAACAAAGCCAAAUCAGGCAAACAGAAUCCGAAGAAAGUUCACUGCCAGGAGCUUAAAAAGGUGCUUGCAGCCUCAGAUGUUGUGCUAGAGGUGCUAGACGCCAGAGAUCCUCUGGGCUGCAGAUGUCCUCAGGUCGAAGAGGCCAUUGUCCGCAGUCACCAGAAAAGGCUGAUUCUUGUAUUGAAUAAAUCAGAUCUGGUUCCAAAGGAGAAUUUGGAGAGCUGGCUCAAUUACUUGAAUCAAGAACUGCCAACAGUCGUGUUCAGAGCUUCAACCAAUCUGAAGGACAAGGGGAAGAUACCCGAGGCAAAGAAGAAAGCUGCUGCAUUCAAAAGUACAGUCUGUAUUGGGAAAGAUGGCCUUUGGAAACUUCUUGAAGAUUUUCAGAAGACUCAAGGCAAAGCUAUUCAGGUUGGAGUAGUUGGUUUCCCAAAUGUGGGGAAAAGUAGCAUCGUUAAUAGCCUAAAACAAGAACAAGUGUGUAAUGUUGGCGUAUCCAUGGGGCUUACAAGGAUCAUGCAGGCUGUCCCCUUAGACAAACACAUGACAGUCAUCGAUAGCCCAAGCCUCAUCGUGUCUCCCCUCAACUCCCCCGCUGCCCUGGCUCUGCGAACUCCAGCAAGUAUUGAAACUGUGAAGCACAUGGAGGCUGCUGAUGCCAUCCUGGCCCAGACUGACACGCGGCAGGUAGUGUUGAGAUACACUGUCCCCGACUACAAGACUUCUCUGGAAUUUCUGACUGCGCUUGCUCAACGAAGAGGUCUGCACCAGAAGGGUGGGAGUCCAAAUGUUGAAGGUGCGGCCAGGCUGCUGUGGGCCGAGUGGACAGGGGCCUCCUUUGGUUACUACUGCCAAACUCCUACAUCCUGGGUGACUCCUCCCUAUUUUAAUGAGAGCACUGUGGCAGACAUGAAGACAGACUUGAAUCUGGAAGAACUUGAAAAGCACAAUGCACGCAGUAUACAAGCCAUCAGGGGCCCCCGUUUGGCCAGCAGUGUCCUCUUCCAGUCUACGGGCAUGACAAAUGGAGUACUAGAGGAAAGCGAAGUAUCUGAACCGUCUGCGAAACGCAAGAGGAAGGAGAGGGUGGAAGAGGAAAGCAUGGACAGUGACCAAGAAAGCGCUGAUGGUAGAGGAAAUGAAGAGCUCUCAGACAGACCCCCUGUGGAAGAGAAGGAAGUGCUGCCCGAGGAGUCCACAGCAGAUAAAGAGUCUACAGGAUCUGUUAUUUUGGAUAAAGCAACUGAAGAUGACGAUGCGUAUGACUUCAGUACAGAUUAUGUGUGACAGAAUCCUGUCAUUUUGUGAGGGAUUCUGUGUAUAUCAUGUGUGGUUAUGUUAUAACAUUGUAAAUUUU